UCGUCCGAAACCAGCCAUCGACUCUCAUUGAUCGAGCCGUUCGAUUGUCUGGAUCCGGUCUGGCUGGACAACAGAAUGGAUGAUGGCUUCAGCUGUGGCUGACCGGCUGUGCGACAAUCCAGCAUGGCUGGAUAUAAAAGGGCCUUGAAUUCCUCUCUCCUUGCUGUCCAAUUCAAUCAUCCAGAAUCUAUUCUCCCUAACAUUCUAUUUGCCAUCUCUAUCCACAGCAACCUAUCUUGACCUACCUUAAAUCUCCCUCACCUCUAUCUCACAAUGUCUGACCUUCAGCCCCUCCGUAUCGUCAUGGCCUGCGAUGAGGCCGGUGUUCCUUACAAGGAAACCAUCAAGGCUUUCCUGGAGAAGUCCCCCCUUGUCUCCGACAUCAUCGACGUCGGCGUCAACUCCACCUCCGACAAAACGGCCUAUCCUCACCCAGCCGUCGAUGGCGCGAAGCUCAUCCGAGAAGGCAAGGCCGACCGUGGUCUCUUCAUCUGCGGCACUGGCCUGGGUGUCGCCAUCUCGGCUAACAAAGUGCCUGGCAUCCGCGCGGUCACCGCACACGACUCCUUCUCCGUCGAACGAUCCAUCCUGAGCAACGACGCUCAGGUCCUUUGCUUCGGACAGCGUGUCAUCGGCAUCGAACUGGCGAAGAAACUCGCUGGCGAGUGGCUCACCUACCGCUUCGAUACCAAGAGUGGCUCUGCCGCGAAGGUGCAGGCCAUCUGCGACUAUGAAGCCCAGUUCGCUGGUGUUGUCUAAGCCAACAUACCAAUCAACAAUAUUAUACCCUCGAUGAUAUCCGAUUCGGGAACAUCUGCAUACCACAGCCAACGAAUUGGAUCUCGUCAUGGGAUGUCACCACCUGACCGGGUCACGAUUCGUCCUUCCCCGUGCGUUCUCUUCAAUUUGUCUAUAUUCGAGAGAAAGACCCUAUAUUUUUCUAUUAUUUAUCAGCAUCAUCUGAUUAUUGAAACGAGUCAAUGAUACCACGAUUCUCACGGAAUGGAAUUUGGCUGGCCGAAUUGUCGUUCUUCUUUUUGUUCGCCCAUUUUCGCUUCCUGGUUUGGGUCUCUUAGAUAGUAUCACACAGGAUAGACAGAAAAUAUAUAUACCAUC